AUGGCGACCGCCAAUGACGACCUAAAGUCUCUCACGUCAGCCAUUCAGAGCCUGCUUCAACUACAAAUUCAACAGAGUAGUGCAGGGAAGGCUGGAGGACCACCUCAAAUCGACGCUUAUAAUCAGUUAAGUGCUCGCAUCGAAAAAUAUACAUACGGGACGGCAGAGGAUACAAAGCCGUUCAGGAAAUGGCUUCUCCGUCACGAGUUUACAAUCUGCACGGAGGCAGCGUGUCUCUCUCCGGAAAUGAGAACACGUCUCGUACUUGACAAGCUCGGUCAAUCGGAAUUUGAUAGACUUGUGGACCACGUCGCACCGUUAAAUCCGUCGGAGAUGAGUCAAGAGAACCUUCUGGAAGUUUUAAAGGAACUCUUCCGAGACAAGGUGUCGGUAAUACGCCGACGUAUAGAAGUCCUGAAUUACCGAUACGACAAGUCUACCCCAAUCACGGAGCAUAUCGAUCGCAUCAAUCGCCACGCGGCCGAGUUUGAUCGACCGGGAUUGUCCGACGAUGGGUUGAGAAUACUGUUACUUUUACAGUCAUUCUGCUACUCGAGUGAACACGACGAGCUGAAGAGGAUAGCUCUCCGAGUUGUCGAGAAAAAUCGGGAAGCCUCCCUCAAAGACGUUGUCACCGAACUGGAAGCGUACUUAAACAUAUCUUCAAGCAUGAAAACGCUUGAAAAUCCGCUGAGCGCUGUGUCGCCUUCGGUUCUCAAAGUGACACAGCCGAUACGGUACGAUCCGAAAGUGCCGAAACGGUACGAUCCGAAAGGGCCGAAACCUCCGGUCAGUUCGUUUCAACCUCCCACAAGUGUCAAAUGUAACGGUUGUGGUGGUGAUCACCCUCGUGUAAAAUGCAAAUUUCGGGAUGCAAUGUGCAACAAGUGUGGCAGAAAGGGCCACAUCGCCGUAGUGUGCCGAUCAGAAGGGAAACAGCUGAAAUCUGUCGUAAAAAGUAAGAGUGUAACCACGCUGGCACUUUCUACUGUCAGUAAACGACGUCGACGUUUCGUGGCGGUAUCUGUGGGCGACAAAAUCCUAACUCUUCAAUACGAUACCGGUUCGGAUAUCACUAUCAUCGGGAAAGAUUGUUGGCGCCACCUGGGAUCCCCGGGCCUUACGAAAAGCGAAACGGUGGUACACGCUGGAGGAAGCGAGCUUGGGACACUCGGCUGCUUUCGCACGACGGUCAGUGUGCUCGACCGAGAAGCGGAAAUCGAUAUUCACGUCGCCAAUCGGAAUGGUGUGAAUCUAUUCGGCCUAAACGCCGUCGAUAAUCUCCAGCUUUGGUCUGUUCCGCUGUCAGAGUUGAACACUUCGUACUCUUUAGGGCCGGCAGUUGCGCCAUCGGCCAAAAGAGUUACAAACAAAGCUGUACCGACAGCCACGCCAACUGGCGACGCACACGCGCACGCAGUCACCAAACGAUUUCCUAACCUGUUCUCGAACGAACUCGGGAAGUGUCACGAUUUCACAGUCAAAUUCAAUCUCACAAGUGACGCGCGGGCUGUACAAAUUCCUUGUCGUCCAAUUCCGUUUGCCAUGGAGAAGCCCCUCGAAGAGGAACUCCAGCGACUGGAAUCAAGGAAUAUCAUUGAGCGUGUGGAGUCAUCGGAUUGGGCGUCACCCAUCGUUAUGGUCAGGAAAAACAAUGGGAAAAUUAGACUGUGUGCCGACUACUCUACCGGAGUCAACCGCGCUCUGACAGACAACCGUCACCCUCUGCCUAGUGUGGAUAACAUUAUUACAAAACUUAACGGUGGUUGUUUUUUCAGUUUGAUCGAUCUAAGCGAGGCGUUUAUGCAGCUUGAGAUUGACGAGGCCCAUCGAGAAAUUACUACCAUUACUACUCCGAAAGGGCUAUUUCGGUUCAAGCGCCUACCCUUCGGUAUCAAAACGGCGCCGGCGAUUUUCCAGCAAGCAAUGGAUAGUACCCUCUCUGGGCUCGAAGGAGUUUACGCGUACCUUGACGAUGUCAUAGUUGUAGGUUGCAAUCGUCAGGAGCACGACGAGCGUCUAGUGCGGACCUUGCAACGCCUGGAGGAAAAGGGAUGGAAACUCAGCUUCGAGAAGUGCUUUUUCACUGUUCAACAAAUCAAAUAUCUUGGGUUGAUAGUGAAUAAACAUGGCAUUUCUGCCGAUCCUGAGGCAACACGGGCCAUAGCAAGCAUGCCUAAUCCAAAAAAUGUUUCAGAGGUGCAGAGUCUUCUCGGUCUGGUGAACCACUACGGGAAAUUUAUUCCCUAUUUACAUGAAAUAAAGCGUCCCCUCGAAGAGCUGACACGCAAAAACAAGCUUUGGAUGUGGAAUAAACAUCACGACGCUGCUAUGGAAAAGAUUAAAAAUGUGAUGCUGAGUCCACUCCUGCUAGAACACUACGAUCCAACAAAGACACUGAUAGUGGCUGCCGAUGCUAGCUCCACUGGGAUCGGAGCAGUCCUACUUCAACGCGACUCUAACGGACACGAACGCGCCGUUUAUCACAUGAGUCGAAGUCUCACGGACUCCCAACGGAAUUAUUCCCAGCUGGAAAAGGAAGCACUUGCGCUCGUCACUGGAGUUGAACGCUUCCAUAAAUUCGUAUGGGGCAGACGGUUCGUCUUACAAACUGAUCACAAGCCACUGGUGGCCCUGCUCCAAACCGAAAACACAAAGGGCCUGAGACCAACCACAGCAGCACGGCUCAAGCGUUGGGCACUGCGUCUUCUUGGGUAUGAUUUCAAGAUUGAAUACAUUCGUACUCAAGACUUCGGGCAAGCAGACGCCUUGUCGCGGUUGAUGGUAAAAUUCCGCCAGGAUAAUGCCGAAGAACUACAGGUGGCGGGGGUGCAGGAGGUCGAAAAGGAACUCCUCCAAGUCAGGAAUACUUGCAUCGACUCGUUCGGAAAGGAAAUUCGAGGCAAGCUAAAAAAGGCUACGGAAGAUGAUUCCAUCCUCACCGCUGUGUUCAAGGCCAUCAGAGAAGGCUGGAGCAGUACUGGGAAUCCUGAGUCCUUACAGCACUACCAAAGACGCGCCGAUCAACUCGCCAUAGUGGACGGUACACUCCUACUCAGUGAUAGGAUUGUCAUCCCUGACAAGCUGAGGCCAGCUAUCUUGACCGCUCUCCACCGAGGACAUCCGGGCAUCCGUCGAAUGAAACAACUCGCAAGAGAGUACGUCUACUGGCCAAAAAUGUCAGGAGACAUCGAACAGCUUGUACGCCAGUGCGAUCCUUGUGCGCUGACCCAGAAGCUUCCUCGCAAGGUGCCGCUCAACCCGUGGCCGGUACCAUCACGUCCCCUUGAGCGGGUGCACCUGGACUUCGCUGGUCCCAUCGACGGAAAAUACAUCCUAAUUUUUGUGGAUGCAUACUCUAAAUACCUAGACGUAUCACUCUCAACCUCGAUUUCAGCAAGCCGUACCGUCGAGAUGUGUCGCGAAAUUUUCGCCAGAUAUGGCGCUCCCGAGGUGAUCGUCACUGACCACGGCACCCAGUUUACAGCAGAAGUAUUCGCUGUCUUCUGUCGUGAAAUGCAAUGUACGCAUCUCUUGUCAGCAAUAAAUCAUCCACAAUCGAACGGUCAGGCCGAAAGAAUGGUGGAUACGGUAAAAAGAGCUAUCGCGAAGGAUCCUACAAACUGGAAGAAACAGUUAUACGAGUUCUUGUACAGCUACAGGUAUUCGCCGUGCUCCGCAACAGAUACCGGGAAAUCUCCGGCCGAAAUCUUCUUCGGCAGACGGAUGAACACGCCGUUCACCAAACUGUUUCCUAAGUUCUCAACCGGUGAACAUUCUGGAGCGUCUACUCCGGCAAUACGACGAGGUAUGAAGCAGCAGUUUAACAGACACCACGGCACCAUUCCACGUCAACUUUCCGUGGGAGAUCGUGUAGUGGUCUUGACGAGCAGGAAUAAGCGUGAACAGGGCGAGGUCUGGAAGAUCUUAUCUAAGACGCGCUAUACGGUACGCCUUGACAACGGCAAGGUGGUUGAUCGACAUAUUAACCACAUUUGGAGGGGAGGAUGUGGAACGGCAAAGCCAAGAGGAGGAGAUGAGAUCGACAACUGGGGAUUCUACGAACCACCCCCAAACACCUCUUCUGUUCCGCAGACCGUUCCCGACACUGGCAUACACCUAAACACUUCGCAGGAAACUCAGUUGUCCGGGAACCAACACUUCGAAGAAGCGGUCACCCAACCAGCAUCUACGAGACCAACCCGCCUUCGAGCACCAGUAAGAAGACUGAUGUUAGAUCCAGCCUCUAAAUCCUAUUUGGAGUGCUGA